AAAUUGUAUUAAUAAUUCGAUCAGUGAGAGUUAUUUAAUCAUUACACGAUAAACUGAAGCAAAAUGAAAUUCGUGCUCGCGACUUUAAACCUUUUAGUCCUGGUUAGUGCUGGAUCGGUAGACUAUUGCAACUUGUGCGAAAAGCAUGUUGCAUGCGUUAGUCAAAAUGUAUUUCAAAGUGGAUGCUCGUCGGACGCAAAAAUGAUAGACUUGAAAAAAUAUCAGACUACUUUGCUAGACGCGCAUAAUAAGAAACGUGAUAAUGUAGCUGGCGGCGGGGAAUCGAAACUGAAACGAGCUUGUCGCAUGGCCACUAUGAAAUGGAAUUCGGAAUUGGCCAAGCUGGCUGAAUAUAAUGUCAGACAAUGUGAAAUGAAUCAUGACAAGUGCCGUAAUACAAAUACAUUUAAAUAUGCUGGUCAGAAUUUGGCUGAGUUGGGCCGAUCAGGAGCAGGCACUCCUGAUUACGGGCAAUUGAUACAAAAAGCUGUCGACAGUUGGUAUGAGGAAGUUAACGACUGCAACCAAGGCUAUAUUGACAGUUAUCCAAAAGAUUAUAAAGGACCAGCCAUCGGCCAUUUCACAGUCAUGGUUGCCGAACGAAAUACGCAUAUGGGUUGUGCUGCUUCUCAGUACACAAGAUCAAAUGGUUUUACGUAUUUCUUGCUAGCUUGUAAUUAUGCCACUACCAACAUGAUGGAGUUCCCUAUUUAUAAAUCAUGCAGUGCCUCGGCUCAGGAUUGUAAGACCGGUAAAAAUUCGAAAUAUCAAAACUUAUGCUCGGCUAAUGAGAAAUACGAAGUCAACAGAUGGUUUAAGGAUGGUGUGGAAUAUCAAUAAGCUUUGGUCUAAACCAGGUGAUCUCUCUCGUACAAGUGUUUAUGUUUGAAAUAAAAAAAAA